AUGAGUCAUGUUGACUGCCCUCAUAAUUCUUUGCAAUUUGUAUUUGGGCUUGGCAUGGCUUGCUCUGUUAGGGAGGUAAGGCUACCACUCAAGCUGUACUUUGCGGGACGUGUUGUCAGCAUCUUGGCUGUGCUCAUCGCGCUUGGACAGGAGGCCUAUGGACGCCUGGGUCAGUCUAUAUCGCCGUUCUCAGUGUUUGUGAUUGCGUACAAACUGGGAGAAGAGGACGGCAAGUACUGUCACCUAUUUUCGGCAGAUGUUUCGGCCGAGUUCCUCGACAAAUUUGCUCGACCCAAUGAAACGCCGGUCGACUGUUCGAUGGAGAUCCAGUACACUCGAGUCAGCAUGGAGCCGGAAAACACAUUUUCGAAGCGUCUUUCAGUGGCUAUCUGGGAGGGAAGAUUGAAAAAGGAGGAAAUUCUCGGUUAUGUCUGGAGAAGGGACCAGGCGAUCGACUCACAAGAAUCGAGCUGGGCUAGCCCGAAUGGAGGGUUGGCUGUGAAGGAAGAAGAUUCUUGA